AUGUCCGUGUUCUGUCACCCGGGCCGGGGCGGGUCUGUUGGGGGCGGGCAGAGGCGUCGGCGCUGCCCGGUGAGGGGCCGAGGAGGCGGGGCGGGCAGGAGAGGUCCAGAGCCCGACUGCGCUCGGCUCCUCUCCGGCUCUCCCAGGAUGGUCCCCGCGCUGGGGCACUGGCUGCUGGCCUUGGCGUCGGCCUUGGGGUCGGCAGGGGUGCGGACGCACUUCAGGCUGAAGGAGGCCGGUGGGGGGCUGCGAGCGCCCGGGGACUCCGUGCUCCUCUCCUGCCGGGCAAUUGGCUACAACUUCGAGAAUUACCCCUUUCGGUGGUACCGUCAGGCGCCCGGAGGCAGACUCGAGUGGGUGUCCCUUUCGUGGUCAUUGGGUGCUGCAGAAUACGCAGCAGCGGUGGAAGGUCGAGCCACAACAUCCUGGGACAAUUCGCAAUCCAAGUCAUCUCUGUCCCUGCGUGCCCUGCAGCCUCAGGACUCUGCCCGCUACUUCUGUGCCAUUCACCCAGAGACAGGAAAUAAGCUGGUGUUUGGAAGUGGUACCACUCUCACAGUUGAACCAAACAUCCAAGAAAUUUCUGUCCCACAAGUCAUUUUGAUGAAAUCAAAGAAACUGAAAGUUGACAGCACUGGGAAAGCAGCUUGUUUGGCAAGGAAUGUCUAUACGAAGAACAUCAGCUUGGACAUGUCCUCUAAUGAAGUCGUGUAUGAACCAAGUGCAUCCAUUUUGACAUCAGAGGGGUUGUACGAUACUGUUAAGGUGGUGAGCGUGACAAAAGGCACAGAGCUGAGCUGCACGGCCAAUUUCAACGGCAGCACCAUCACAGCCAGCACAAGCUUGGCAGAAGAAAAUGCUGAAGACCCAGAAAUGGGGAAGGUUUGCAACACCACAGACACCUCUGCACAAGCAGGUACCAAAGUGGAAAAAGCGAACAUGCUCUCUAUGGCUGUACUGGGUUUAAGAGUCCUGCUGGCAAAAAGCAUCGCCUUCAAUACACUCAUGAGUAUCAAGCUGUUUCUUUUCUGAGACAGUGAAGAAGCAAGGCAACAGCAACCUGAAAACAAGCAGGAGGGAGAGUGUAUCAGUAGCACAAUGGGAUGAACAGCCAGUGUCAAAUCUGCUGACUAUAACCAUCCAGAACACAAUACAGCACCUUCCCCUUAAGAUAUUUUAUACUGGUGAAUCCUGCCUAGCUGAUUUAGUUAAAGAGUUGUAACCAUCUUUGCUAUUUCUUUUCUCUCUGUGCCUGAGGAGAGUAUUUUUCCUCAUUCCUUUGCUAAGUAGAAUUUGAUCUCCCCUUUGAAUAGUCUUUGAAUUGAAGCAUCUCACCUACUUCAAUAGCUUUGAAAAAUCCAAUCCUCAUUAUAGACAUACAUAGACUUCUAAAACACCUCUUACAGGCAUAUUGCAUUACUGUCUGUGAACUGAUGUAUUGUUGUUGAGAGAAUUCAGGCACAGUAGAUGCUAUUUGCAGUUUUAAUGUUAUUUAGAUAGCUUUAAUAACAAUAAUUUUCUAGUGUAGAAGACCUGGGUUGGAUC